AAGUAUAGUGAGAGUGAAUUGUGAUUAUUGUGAAUCAUUUCUUUUCGAUUUACAAUGAUUAAUUAGCAAAGAUUGUUUAUCCAAAUUAAGCAAGAGAUUUUAUAGACCGAUCUAGCUAAUAGACUGGAUUUCGGAGCUGAAAAGUGGCAGUUAUCCAGGAGUAAGCCAAAUAUAGUGAAACCAAGAUGACUUUAGCAGAAUUCUUCAGCUGUUCACUGCUGGCCUUCGGAGCGCCGGUUAUCAUGUUCGCUCUGACGAUAGCUCAUGACCCAGUCCGCAUCAUCAUCAUGAUAGCGGCUGCGUUUGGCUGGCUACUAGCAUUUCUACUCUCAUCCCUGGUUUGGUUUGCUGUUGUGCCUUUGAGGUCCUAUUUAGCAUUUGGGAUGGUAUUUGCUAUCAUAUUUCAGGAACUAUUUAGAUAUGGGAUGUAUCUUCUUCUACGUAACACUGAAGCUGGAUUAAAAGAGAUCUCAGAAAACCAUGAUAUUGGCAGCAACAAGAUGGAGAUGGCUUACGUUUCUGGACUUGGGUUUGGAGCUAUGAGCGGUGCAUUUGCACUCAUCAAUGUGCUUGCUGACUCGGUUGGACCUGGAUCUUUAGGCUUACAGUCUGGUACAGAAUACUUCUUUGUCAGUAGUGCAGCGAUGACCCUUUGCAUGAUACUGCUCAACACCUUUUGGAGUAUCAUUUUCUUCAGUGGUCUAGAUGAAAGGAACUCAUUAAAAAUCACUUGGGUUAUUGGUUCACACUUCUUUGUCUCUGGUCUUAGUCUUUUGAACCGCAAAGAAGUUUAUGUGGCCACAAUAGUACCGAGUUACAUUGUGCUUGUAGCAACUGCCGUUAUUGCGUUUAAAUCUGCUGGCGGGACAUGUAAAAGUUUAUAUCAAAGUUUCUCUACUAGGUCAUCAUAGGUCUAAGUAAGGUAGUGUAAUAAGUAUAAAAUAAUGAAUAAGGGUAAAUGACAGCCUUCUAGAUAGCAUUGCUUGUUUGUUGCUGAAUGGCAACUUGUCACUAUUUGAUACAUUAGUUAAAUUAUACACUCUUGCAGUUUUUAUCAUUUAAGUUCAGACAAACCCUGUCCAGUAUGAUUACUUUGUUAUUAGGUACAAUGUAUGUUAACUUCAGAAACCAUUCAAACUAUGUACACACCUACCUAAUUAUACAUAAGUUUCAGCAUGAAUUAGAAAUGUUUGUAGGUGCAACACAUUUGCUCAACUAAUGAAUACUUAUUAUGAACUAAAAGUUUGUUAAAACAGUACUGUAAUUAAUUAAUUUCAUAAAUUGGUUAUAGUUUGAGAGUAAGUGAGUGUAACAGCAGAUCGAGAUUGUAUUAAAUAAUCAUAUUAAUAUUAUUAUAGUCUGAGAUUAACCAGUAACUGUACUUUAUUUAUUUUAAUUUAAACGUAAGCAUUCCCUAGACUUAACUAUUAUUUUUAGAACUUUAACAACUUUUUUGUUUCAUCUUUUAUGUAAAUAAAACACGGCAGCAA